CUGUUUCUUCUUUCUUAGACCGUUGUCAACUUGGUAUCAGCAGCACAGGUGGUUGGGGUUUGUAUUCUGCUGUAUUUUUGUUUAAAUAUUGCAAUUUUCCAACCACAAUGGAACUGGAUAUGUAUAUAGGACUGGACGAAAAUGGUCUUAGGGAAAAGCUUACAAGUUGUAAAGAUAUCUCCGAGAGGUGUCGGAUAAGGGCAGCAAUACGCAAGAUGUCAAAUGCCAGCAUAGAAGCAGCUGCUAGUAAAGCCAAGAUAAGUCGGGAACGGAGGAAUGUGGAACCUCUGGAAGAUCGGGUGAAUAAACUUAUGGAAGAGGAAGCAAAGGAAAGGGAGAAAAAACUGGAGAAACUGGAAGAAAAAAUUAAGGGAAUAACAGAUGAAGAUGAUCUCAGAUUAAUGCUCAAAGAAACUGAUGAUUACUAUGAAAGGAAAAGAAUACGAACAGCUGUGAGAGAACUAAGAAGAGCAAAAGAUGCUGAAAUAGAAGCAUACAGGCCUACUCGGAGAGCCUCUCGGCAACAACAACAUGACCUUGUAGAAAAUGGGUUAAACUUGGCAAACACAGUCAUUAAAAAUCAUCCUACAAGCCAUUCUGAUGACCAGGCUAAUAUACAUAUUGAUGAAUCCAGUACCAAGAAUAUAGUGAUUGACACCGAUAUGAUUGAUGCAUGUCAAUUAAAAAAUGGGGUUAGCAAGUCAGAGGAGCAGCAAGAACAAAAUAUUGGUACAGACUCUGAAGGAGGAGUGACAUGCAAAGACAGUAUGAUAGUGAGUGAUGAAGUAGUAAGGAAGGAUAGUGACAAGUGUAUAAGAGUGGGUGUGAAAGCUAAGGAACCACCGGAUCAAAAGGUUCCAGCAAAUGAUAUGCAAGGGGUGAAAAACUUGGGUUAUAUUGAACAACAGCCAAUCAAUGAAAUCAUUAAUGGUGACCCUGCUGGACAUAAAAUAGAAGCAGAGAUCAAUUGGUCAGCGGAAAGUUUAUGUAGAACAUUGGAUAAUGAGAUUUCAGUCCAAACAACCAGUGAGGAAAAUCAAGUUGCAUAUGACAGUAAUGUAUUGGUACCAUCUGGACAUACUUGGAAAGAAAAUAUGCAUUUGUUACCAGAUAGAGGCGAUGAUACACAGGUGCUUAACACAUUGCCCAUAGUGGGAAGUGUUGAUACUGUCCUCCAGGUGGAAACAGAGGAUAACACAGAGAAUCUGAUAGAGCUGGCUAAACCAGGCAAAGAUAAAUUGUGUGAGAUGAACAAAGAAAGGGAACAGAAAUUAUUUGAAUUAAACAAUGAAAAGAAUGAAAUUUCUGAAGACGUUUUUGCCAUACAGGAUGAAGAUAUCUUAAGGAUGAAGUUGAGAGAAACGGACAACAUAGAGAAGAAACGGCAAAUUAGAGGAGCAAUGAGAGAAUUAAGAAAGAAAAACAGAGAGAAAUCUCUAAAUGAUGAGGACCAAGUCGACCAGGCAAUACAUGCUACAUCAUCAUUACCGCCUGAAGAUAUUGUUGCGACCAAUCACGAUUCAGAAGUAGAAUCGCCUGAUCAGGAACUGACAACGAUUCAAAUUGCAUUUGAGGUCCCAGAUUCUGGACAAUUUGAGGAUGACGAGGCAGUCAACAGUCAUGAUGCCAGUAACCAGGAUGACAUGCAAACUUCGAAAGAACCUGAUAUUAUUGAGAACAUUGACGACAUCACAGACAUCAAUCAACUGCAGAGAUUGCUUGAUGAUUGUGGGGAUUUGGAUGAACGACGACGUAUACGUAUUGCCAUAAGGCAUCUGCGACGCCGCCUAAGAGAAGAGCAAGAGUACAUUGAGUCUAAGAGAGAUGAAGAAGUUGCCAUGGUAACUCCGCAAGAUGAGGUAACUGCAGAUGGAGAACAAAUCCUGGAGUCAGAGGGUGAACUCGAUGAAGGGAAAAUUGAAGGUUGUCAGACAAUUCAGAUUGAGUUUGAAGUACCUCAAGAUAAGGCAUUUGGUGAUGAUGACAAAGAUGAGGAAGAGAAGCAGACAGCUGUGUACCCAAAGCAAUUUGCUGCUUUUGAGAAGGCCGUAGAAGGCAUGACAACCUUGCUACAAAAAGGGCUACCAUCAUUAACACAGUCUCUGAUAACAGAAGAUGAAAAUCAUAGAGAUUACUCUGUUGAAGAUGGCACUGAAGAAGAUGAAAAGGAAGAAGAUGUGGAGGGAGAUGAUGAAGAGGAAGAAAAUGAUAAUGGAGAUGAGGAGAAGUUAACAGUACCAACUGAAGAGGUGACACAAUUACCAAUCAAAGACCCAAAAGAGCAAGACAGUGAUAUGUUUGAUAUUGAACCAAGUCAGUUGUCAGUGGCAUAUAAAGACAGAAUAUUAACAGAUCCAGAUAGCAUUAAAAAACAUGAUGUUGACCAAGUCUUCAUAGAACCAUGUAAAAACAUGCACGCACACUUAUCAAAAGAUGAUGAUAUUGUCAGAAAUGUUGUUGAGCAACCAGUUGACAAUGAUGAUUGUGAGGUGGAAUCAUCAGCUACGACUAGUGUCCAGAUACCUGUGAACACAUCAAAGGACAAGACAUUUCAAGAUGGUCCCAUUGACUUAUCACUUGUCUCUCUUGAUUUUGAACGCAUUGCUGAUAACUUAGAGUCUUUGCCAGUUUAUGUUGAUGAUCAAUGUUCCACAGCAAAAGAACAAGGAAUCACAUCGGAUAUUGCCAGUGGAAGCUUUGUAACUACAUCCUCUGACAUUACAAAGGGUGCUAUAGAUUUACCAGUUGGAAAAGAAGAUUCAACAAAAAGUUUACCAAAAUCAGAGUUGAGAUGUGACUCUGGAAUUAAUGUACCACAUAAAAAUAGAACCUCCAGAAACAAUAGUGAUCAAGAGGAUUCUUGCAAAGCCAGUGAAGUUAAAGCAGUCACAGAGCCAAAGAAAAAAAUGCUGUCUAAGAAAAGUUUAUUUCUCAAUGACACAAAGACUCUAUCUGAAUCACCCAGCAGCUCUAGAACUUCAUCAAUAGCAGGAUCUCUGGCUUCCACGCCGACAUCAGCAUCACCACAUUCAUCACGCUCAGGAAGCAUUUCCUCUCCUAGUAAUAAGGUCAUAAGUAUGCGGAACAAGUUUCAAUUUGGUGCUCUGGAGACAACUCCACACAAAGUAACUUCAAAAAGAGAUGAAAAAAUCAUAAAAGGAAUGGCAGGCAAAGUAAGUGGUGUAGCUGCUAAGUUCAGCUCAGAAGCCUCAACUCCAAAGAAAAGUUAUUCUCCAGCUAUGUUACCAAUCAAGAGAGAGAAUAAAGUUCCUAGUUUCAUCCAAUCCAAAAACCAAGCAAACAGUCCUUCCACAUUAGUCUUCAAGAACAAAAAUGAAUCCUCGCCAACAUCAACAACUGGUUUAGUUUUGUCAGAUACCCCCAAAAAAGGGAAUGUACUGGAGCGGUACCAACCAAUCCAGUCAUCAAUCAAGAAAGAUACCAAACAAAAUAUAACGGAUACUGAAUCAUUUAUCAGUAAGAGAAAAUCACAACUGACAAUUAAUCUUAACAGUGAGAAUCUUCCAAAAACACCAGCUCAAAUGGUGACAAUUGAACCAACAUUGUCGGUAACCAGGGAACGACCCUCAUACCUGCAACCCAUCAAAGACAACUCCCUCAUGUCAGAAUGUGAGUCUUGUGUGAGAAAGGAAAGUACAACCUCUAUACUCUCUAUUAGCAACAGUACGGACCAAAAUGGGAAUCCAGUGGAGAUCUCUCUGGAACUGGACAUCACUGAGCUACAAAAAAGAGAAUUGACAUCAAAAAGUGAAAUAGUUGAAGUUAAUACUUUUGACAACAGCAUCAAUAAGAGUGAUAGCAACAUGGCACCUGAUAUAGAGCACAUGGAAGAUGCAAACGAGCUAGAAAAAAUGUUGGAAGUAGAGACGGUAUUUGAAGAAAGGAAAAGAAUCCGAGCGAGGUUGAGAGAAUUACGCAGGCUAAACAAAGAUGUUACUGUCCAGCCUCCUACUGACAGGGAGACACGACGUCGGAAGAGACAGGAAGCAAUUAACAAUUCGCAAAGUGCCUCCACAGACGACAAAAAUAAUAACAUUAAUGAAAAGACAACAGCACCAAAAAAAAUACCACCUACGAUAAAAUCGCCAUCUACUCCAGUAGACAACAAACCACCACAAUCUACGAUAACACCAUCCACUCCUGUCGACAACAAACCACCGCAAUCUACGAAAACACCAUCCACUCCCGUCGACAACAAACCUCCGCUAUCACCAAAUAACAAUUCCACCGCUUUAACUAAUAAAACGACGGAAACAAAAACUUCAAAAGAUAAUCGAGAACAGGAGAAGUCAGUGAUAACAGAUGAUGGGAAGACAAAGACUAUUACCAAUGUAAAGAAGACAGAUAAAGAUGGAUUUCAAAGCGUCACUAAAUUAACCAUUUCAAAAUCUGUUGAUGGUAACAAAAAGAGUGAAACAGAAACUAAAGAAGAAAUUGUUCGCCAAGAUGGGCCAUGCGGAUUUUCAUAUUCAAAGAAGUCAACCACUGUAUCAUCCUCCUCAUCCUCAUCAUCCAAUGUACCUGAAUCUCGCCUUUUGACAUCAAAGAAAAUGUCAAAGUUCGAUGAAGAACUUGCACAGAAGAAAAAAGAAAGGGAAGAGCAACGAGCAGCAGAUGCAAUCAAGUGGAAAGAACAGCAAGCUGCAAGGAACGAACGACUAAAGCAGCAGAGGAUUGCCGAUCAAAGAGCGGCAAAGGACAAGAAGGCUAACAUUAUGCAGAUGUUUGGAGGCAAAGCACAAAGUGGCGGUGGUGGCUCAGGUGGCGCUCCACGGAUGAUGGUUCAGAACGCUAACUCUAUCAAAGCCAAGUUACUUGAAUGGUGCAAAAGAACCACUUCGGAAUAUCCAAAUGUGAAGAUCGAAAACUUUUCACGCAGCUGGAAUAACGGGAUGGCAUUCUGUGCUAUAGUGCACCACUAUUUUCCUGGAGCAUUCAACUUUGAUGAACUCAACCCAAAAAACAGGAGACACAACUUUGACCUGGCAUUCACAACUGCUGAAUCACUGGCAAACAUUAUGCCUCUGCUGGACACUGAUGACAUGAUAAUGAUGAAAGACACGCCGGAUUGGAAGUGUGUUUUCACCUAUGUGCAAAGUUUGUACCGGAAUCUACAAGGCAAGCCAGUUAGCCCUUCGUGAGCAUAGUUGGACGAGAAAAUGAUGAAUCUAAAUUUCAAUUUUUGUUGUUACUCAUCCAAUUUAGACUAACAGCAUGCUACCUCAAGUCCUACUUCAUCCCCUGAUGCAUCAAUCAACAUCAACUUUGAGUCAUCUUUGACAUAGUGAUCAGAUAUUUCUGUAUUUUGAAUUUUUUGUUAGCAUUGUCAUCUUCAUCAUCACUCUCGUCUUCAUUAUCAAAACAUCAUCUUCAUCAUCAUUAUUCUCAUCAUCAUUAUUACCACAUCAUCAUUAUUCUCAU